AUGAGUGAUACCAAAACUACUGUCCGUAAGGUCUAUACAAAAAAACGCCCGUCUGGUCUCAGCCGCUAAUGUUUUCCGGAAAAUCAAUGCUACUGGAGUUGUGAUCCUUACCGUCUACUUUGAAUUCGUGUUGGCAAUACUAACGCUCGUUGAUGAAGACUAUGAAACGAUGGUCACAAGAAAGUUUAUUGCACCUUUAGCAGUGGAGAAGGAAAUGUCUUCCUCUCUAUUCUGGAGAAGGGAGUACUUGAAAGAUCCUGCUUUGUCGCUCAAUUCGAUCGGAGAAACCGCGAUGCGUGGAACCCUCUUUUUCUGGGGCUUUCAUUGA